AUGUACAAGACUCAAUUGCUUAAAGCUCCCCAAUUCAAACAACAAGCGUUGAACUUGAGAUCACUCUCACAGAGUGCUCCAUGCAAGAAAUUUGGCGAAAUCCCAUUGGCACCACCAGACAAGAUUUUGGGUAUCUCAGAGGCAUACGUCAACGACUCCAACCCAAACAAAAUCAACUUGGGUGUUGGUGCUUACAGAGACAACUCUGGUAAACCCAUCAUUUUCCCUUCAGUCAAGGAGGCUGAAAAGAUUCUCUUGCAAAAAGAAACUGAGAAAGAAUACACGGGAAUCAAUGGUUCCAAAAACUUUCAAAACAUUGUUAAAAACUUUAUCUUUAACAACUCCGGUAAAGACGCAAACGGUAAACAAUUGAUUGACGAUAACAGAAUUGUUACCGCACAAACCAUCUCCGGUACCGGUUCAUUGCGUGUUAUUGCCGACUUUUUAAACAGAUUCUACUCUUCAAAAAAGAUUUUGGUCCCUAAACCAACUUGGGCAAACCACGUUGCCGUGUUUAAGGAUGCAGGCUUGGAACCAGAGUUUUACGCAUACUAUGAGACUUCCAAGAAUGACUUGGACUUUGACAAUUUGAAAAAAUCAUUGGAAUCACAACCAAAUGAAUCCGUGGUUCUCUUGCACGCAUGCUGCCACAACCCAACCGGUAUGGACUUGACCAACGAACAAUGGGACGAAGUGUUGCAAAUUAUCCAGGACAAGAAAUUCUUCCCACUCGUUGAUAUGGCAUACCAAGGCUUUGCUUCUGGUAAACCAUUUCAAGACAUUGAGUUGAUUAGAAAGUUGACCAAAUUGGCCAAUGAAAACAAGAUUCCUUCAUUUGCCUUGUGUCAAUCAUUUGCCAAGAACAUGGGUCUCUAUGGUGAAAGAACCGGUUCCAUUUCCAUCAUCACACCAAAUGCCGACGCAUCAAAAGCCAUUGAGUCGCAAUUGAAGAAGUUGAUCCGUCCAAUCUAUUCCUCUCCACCAAUCCACGGUUCCAAGAUUGUUGAAGUCAUCUUUGACGAACAAUCAGGAUUGUUACCCCAAUGGCUCGAGGAGUUGGACAAGGUUGUCGGUAGAUUAAACGAUGUCCGUCAAAAGCUUUACGAAAAAUUGGACAAGUCCAACUAUAACUGGGACCACUUGUUAAAGCAAAGAGGUAUGUUUGUCUACACUGGUUUAACUCCAGAACAAGUUCAAAAGUUGAGAAACGAGUACAGUGUUUACGCCACAGAGGAUGGAAGAUUCAGUAUCUCUGGUAUCAACGAGAACAACGUCGACUACUUGGCCAAUGCCAUUAAUGAAGUUAUCAAGAACUAA